CAAACUAACCGUAUCUCGAACCGAAUCUCAGGCUUUCCAAAGCCUGUUUCCCAUCCGCCACAAACAUACGUAAUCUCAUCUUCUUUCAUUCUCCGCUUUCUGUCCGCCAUUGCACCUCGAAGAUUCCCAUUCUUUCUUUACCAGUGAUCAUGGUUGCAGAAGAGAGGAUGCAGGACGAGCGCCGAAGCCUCAUAUUCACCUACGGGACGCUGAAGCGUGGGUUCUCCAACCACACUCUAAUGCAGGAGCUGAUGCGAACCGGAGACGCCGCCUUUAUCGGUACCGUCCGCACCACGGAAAAAUACCCGCUGGUAUGCGGGCCCUACCGGGUCCCCUUCCUCCUUGACAUCCCCGGCUGCGGCCAGCGCGUCCACGGCGAGCUCUACGCGGUUUCGAUUAAGGGAUUGGCGAGGAUGGACGAAUUGGAGGGCACCGGUCGCGGUCACUACGAGAGGCUCCCCAUUCUGUUAGAGUUAGAGCCCCGUGAUAACGCCGAUGGCCGGAUCAGUGGUGCUUUUAGCAUGCCGUGCGGCGCCGAGGGGAUGACGAGCGCCGAGGCGUACUACGGGCACAGGAACUACGCGAUGGAGCUGUGGAUGAAGAAUGGGAAGAAGGGAUUGAGCGCUUAUACGGAGAGGGAGACCAAGGGUUAUGUGAAGCGGAAGGAUAGGCCUCAGCACCUCACCUUUCUCGAUCACAUUCAACACUUUCUGUCUUCCUCUCCCUCCGAUUGAACAAUAACAGCAAGAAGAAAAUUAUGAAUUAUGGAUGUAGUUUAUUCUGCAAUCCUCGUUUUUCAAUUCUCGUGUUUGGUAGUGUAAUCAGAUGGUUUGAAAAAUUGGAAAUUAGUGUCUUUGGAA